UUUUUUUUUUCAAGUAAAUAAAUAAAAGAAAAGUAAAGAAUACAGAUACAUAUAUACUAUCAAUAUUAAAUAGUGAUAUGCUUGGUUCAGUGAUUCCUUUAUGCUUUUGAUUAUUUUAAUAUUUAUACAAUUAUUAAAGACGGUUUAUAGUGGGGCCACAGAUGAUAACAAAUGUGUUUCCUUACUUCAAUCCAAUGUUUGCUCAGCCUUUUCACAAUUUUACAUUGGUUUACCUGGACUCAGUAACGAAUACCCCUUUUUAAUCAAUAUAACAACCAUCGAAGACUUUGAUAAUCGGUUGCUGGAAUAUGUGAACUCAACAAGUAAUUAUUUAUUCCCUUUAGGUUGUCUAAGUUCAAAUUAUAACCCUAUCAUUCCUUAUGCCCGUUAUUCAUUGACUCAUUUAUGUGCUAAACUUAUUCAAAAUCCUACUUAUUCAUUACCAUGUAACUUUAAUUAUGGGCUUAAUCCUCCUCCUCUAUGUCAACAAACAUGCUAUGAUUGGGUAGACAGCGUAGCUAAAAUAACAUCCAGUCCACUUGUAUGUUCAAAUUCGAUACAAAGAAAUGAGACAUUAGCUUCUUAUACUGAUCAUUGUAAUACUUGGGAAGGGUUUAAUGGGACCAUUACCCAAAACUGUAUAUCCGGUAUUGCCAAUGAGCCUUACUCUUGUGGCUUUGGCAAUGACACUUCUGCUGCUUGCAAAUAUUGUGAGACUAAUCAUGAAGACAAAUGCUGUCAAACAAUAUAUUACUGUCAUCCAUCAUUAUCAGCAGGCGCUAUUGUCGGCAUCGUUAUUGGAUGUACUGUUGCUAUUGCAUUAAUUGUCAUCACCUUCAUAUGGUAUUGUUAUAGAAAUAAGAUCCAUCUUCAUAUGAAACCAUUUCAAUUUAUCUCACCAUCAAGUUCGACAACAGCUAGUGAAAACAACUCAUCACAACCUACGCCUGUUCAUACAGUAGUACAAAAUAAAGCAGUACGUCAAUUUGAUAAUUAUAUUGGUCAAUUUCCUUAUAAACAUGACAUACGAGAAAUACCAAAUAAGCCUAUCAUUACUACUACUAUUACUAAUUCACCCGCGGUAGAGAAAGUACCGUCGAUAACAACACUAUCAUCUCCUUUAAGUGAAGAGUUCUUUGGUGUCAUUCAUCCCUAUUCUCCUCAAUUACCCGAUGAAUUAACUCUAACUGUAGGUGAUAUCAUUUGUCUUGCAUUACGUUUUGACGAUGGUUGGGCCUUAGGCUUCAAUGUGACAACUGGAGCGAAAGGAGCUUUCCCAUUAGUCUGUAUAUCAAAUGUACCUGAAGAAGAUAUAGAUCAAUUAUUAACAACAGAGGUACAAGAAAAUAAUAAUUUAUCUUUAUCAACUAAUACGGUCAUAGAAAAAUGGCGAGAAAGCCUACAACCAUCACUGAGUUUAAAUUCAUAUUACGAUGGUGAAGAUGAUACUCAUCACUCUAACAAUGCAAUUCCAAAAAGAUCAGCGAGCUAUCGAUCCUAUGAAUAUUUUGAAAUCGAAAGCCCUUCCUCACCUACACUACAUACACCCUUUUUUAAUAACAAUCAACACCACCCUCUUCAGCAACAUCAACAGCAUCAACAAUAAUAUAAUAAUAAAUGAUAGGAUCAUUUCCAUGUAAUAAAAAUAAAUAAAUAAAUAAAU